CAUUUCAGGCAUUAACUACAGUGCUGUUGCGUUUUUCCCACUUAUCCAUUAAAGCACAUGAUCACAAAUUCUUGAAAGUCGUGGAUUGUAAUCCGCAGACGGAAUUGAAUUCUACAGCUUAAUUUUUUCUGUCUUCAAGUCAAAUAAGUAUUGGAUUAAAAAAAAAAAAAAACAUGACAUUUCAAACGCUUAUACAAUGACAUUGCUUUGACGCCUCUCCAGUUCACUCAUCUUCUAACUAAGGCAUUCAUUCCUGUGGCUGAUCAGGUGCAUUACCUGGGUGUGGAGCAUAGUCUAUCAGCGCAAGCUAUGCAUUGUUCUCUUAAGAAGAAUGAUCGCCAUUAUCAGUUAACAUACCAGCACAAGCUUGUGUUAGGCAGCUUGGGUGUUAUUUAAGCAGCAACAUACUUUUGCUUUAUUGUCAUUCUCAACUAUUGUCAGUCCAAAAACAACACGUCAAUUUUGUAUUUUGUAUGCUCCUAUUUUGUUACAUUACCUGAACAAACAAAACCUAGUCUAGACAGACUGGCUUUUGCACUACAAUGCAAUUCACUGAUAUGAUAUUAUUAUGAUCACUUAUAGUCUGCAGUUGUCAAGGUUUGCAUCAGUUUUUAAAUGUAAAUAAAAAAUAUUGCAGUCAGUGGUGGUAAAGCUGGGCUUUUCAGAGAAUUUAUUGUGUGUAUGGAGUACCACCACUGUUGCAUAACAAAAUCCUAGAUUGGAGAAGCCCUCGAUUUAUGUGAAUGUAUCAAUCACUCAUCACUAAAAUUUCUAACGCUAUCUUUUGGGACACUUGGUCCUAGGAUCUACUGUAUUAAGCAACACAUUUUCUAGUGUUAUUCUGAGGUUCUUGCAUGAAAAACCCUUUACUUAAAAACUGGUAAGUGUUUGGGUUGGUAUUAAAAAGUUGUGGAUGGAAACUAUUUGGUACAGGUUUUUCUUAACAGCAUAAAUGUGAUUGAAUGCUUGACUUUCUCCGCAGUCACACAAAUACAAAGCUCACUUCAAAACAUUUUAUGGGCUCACAUUCUUCCAGAUUAGGUGUUCACUCAAGCAGUUUGCAUUCUAGGCAUUCUGAAGACAGUGACCUUUCGUUGCUAAGGGGAACUGGAAAAAUGGUGGUUGUCCCUGAAACAAGGCAAACAACCACCACAAGCUCUAAAUCAAAAAUAAACUGGAAAAAAAUACCCAUGUUUGACAGUGUACUAACUAGUGGCAGUGGGAGUCACACUUUAACUAAUUAGCAUAAACUGCUAAUCGGACAAGGUUGCUCAAUGUUAGCAUGUUAGCUAGCCUUGCCUAUGACCAUACAGCUAAUCCUCAGAGGCUCUUCAUGGCCGUAGCUCACACGGAAUGGUGCAAUGCAGCGUUACGGGACACGUUGCAUGUCCAGUUCACCACACACUGCCCCUGUGUGUUUAGUACUUCGCCACGCUGCCGUUUUCGGGACGUGAAGUAAUCAGACACCUGUGGCCGGUGCUACAGGUUUCCUCCCAAGAAGGGCGGGACCUAAAGGGAGGUGUCCACAGACUGGAUCGCUCAAGAAGAGAGACUUGCAGCAGAGGAAAUUCUCAGUCAUGGCUUCCGGACUUUAUGGCAGAACUAAGAGAAGGAUAAUAAGGAUAACAUCAUCAACAUGGAAAAUACACCUCACCUUGUGGGAAUAGGAGGAAAUGCUUUGUGAAAGUCAGGUGAACUCUGCUCUAUGAAGAUUACAGCAGGAUAAUUCCAGCCAUUGAACAGAUUGAUUUAUCUCGCAGCGACAUGGGGAACUUUCUCAUAGAGUGCAGUCGCAACUUUAACUACUAACACGCAAAUAGCAGUCUUUAUGCGAUCAACAGCACGCCGUCUUUCUGUGACACAUAUACAGUAGCAUUAUUAUUGGUGGUCUUGGGGAAGGAAAGAGGAGAUUUGCCCAUACAACCUUUUGUUUCCAUCCAGUCUUUGAAGUGGAAAAGGAGCAGAUUAGGGACUCACAGGACACUUCGCCAAAGCGGCCACAUAAUUUGUUUUUCCUUUCUUGUAAUGCCAGUGUGAUAUUUGGAAGAGAAUGGACAGGUCAAAUAAUCUUUCUGAUGCUCAAGGGACUAAGCCCACUUCUUCCUUAUUAAAUGUCUUUAGCAAUCUACUGACUAGGGAGAAGUCACCUUCAGAUGUGCAGUCGGCUGUAUUGACAUCUUUUAAAGAAAUUUCGGAUGGCGAGAGUCUUCUUGGUGAAGGAUGUAAAAUUCUUACAGGGAGUGAGGAUGUGUCUCUGGGAGGAACUGACAGGGAUUCAGUUAAAGGAGUGUUUACACGGUCAGCGGACCAAGAUCUAGUCCUGGUUACAAGAGUGGAAACGUAUAGUGACUCUGAAAAUGAGGAGGAAAGGGCAGGGCUUAAAAGCAGCAGCCUGUCAAAAAAGCUGGCCAGCUUCAUAGAGCCAAGGUUAACUGAUCACGGGAAUGAUUUAAUGGACCAUAGUGAUGGAGAUGAACAAGGAGAUGGCCAUGAGGUAGAAUUCCACGUGCCAGAGUUUCGAACACAUGGAUUUAAGAGAUCGCCUUUAGAAUCAUGUUUAUUUGCAGAUGGGUCCAGCCGAAGAAAUGACUUUAGGACAGUCCUGACCUCCCCAGUUUCCAAAGAGAACACAGCUGAAAUGUUUGACAGAGCAGAAACAUCACGCACACACGUGGAGAGAAGAGAAAGUGACGACUAUGAAGGCAUAGAUUGUUCUUUGCCUGUUCCCUCCAUUGUUAAAAGGAGUAAUACAGAGGCAUCCUCUAUUUUAGAGCAGGCGGUUGAAGACCCAAAUAACACACAAAGAUCUGGAACCCGUGAGCAAAAUGUGGAGGAAGCACACACUUCCUCUGCAAAUCCAGAUGUAGAGGAAAAGUCAUCUGAUAAUCUCCAUCCAAGUGUCAAAUUUACAACCCAGCAUUCAACAUCUUCAAAGACACAGGAAGUAGACAACCCAUCACCAGCAUCCCAGUCCAGGGACACAUCUCUUUCGUUACCCCCUUCUUUUCAGAUGCCAGCCCUCUUCAGUGGUCUGCUGGUACUGAAGAAAGGAGCACUGGGGGACGAGAGGGAGACAGUGUCAGAGAUCAAGCAGAGGGAGAAAGAUGCUGACCUGGCAUUGCUCAGUUUGAAGAAGACGGUGAACAAAGCCAAGCUUCACCCGGAGCAGAAGACGGUUGGUCCUGUCAAAAAACACCCAGAGACAAAACCUCUCUCUGAAAGUGGGAGAAUCAGCCAGCUCCUUAACCCGGACAAGCCCAAUGAGGUUAAAAGUGACGGGCAGGAAGUGGACUCAGAGCAUAACAAAAAGGAGUCUGAAACUGGAGAAAUUGAAGGAGAAAACCCCCCACAUCCAGAAGUCAAGAAAACCUCAGAGAUGGCUUAUGAAACAUUCAAGAACAUUUUUGGGCCAAAAUCUAUCAGGAAGGACAAAACAGAUCCUGUGGAUCUGGAGGCAAUAAGAAAGAAGAUUAAGAACGACAAGGAAAGCCUACGGUCUAUUUUCGAAAGAGCGUCCAAAACUGCCAGCAGGGAACCAAAAGUUCCCACAGGAGCUAACACAGAGGCCACGUCCCCUGCGGACAGUGAGGACCGCACUCCAGGACGUCUGCAGGCUGUCUGGCCACCACCCAAAUCCAAAGAUGAGGAAGAAAAGGUGGGACUCAAGUACACAGAGGCAGAGCACCAGGCUGCCCUUCUGCAACUCAAGAGAGAGUGCAAGGAAGACUUGGAGCAAAUGCAUUCAGAUUUUGAGCUUCAGAUCUUCCAACUUCGAGGCGAGCAUGCGGUGUCAAUAUCAAACCUUGAAGGAGUCAUUGCCAAGAUGCAAAAAGACAAGACCUACAAUGCGAGUCCGGAACGCCGGGAGGUCCGAGACGUGGCUGUGUCCACUGCAGAUGACCCCACAUACAGAACCUGCCGCACUGUGGGUAUUCAGACGGACAGAGAGACCUUCAUCAAGAGCCCCGAGGGUGAGGCAGGCAUUCAAGCACCCAGCCAGAACAUACCAAAAAGACUUAACUUGGACUCUAUCGGACUCAGUCUGGGGGUUAAAACAGCCCCGGGGCCUGCAGGGCCACACCAACCUCCCCCUCCCCUGCCAGGCCACUGGGGACCACCACCACCUCCACCUCCUCCUCUACCAGGCAUUACGGGAGCACCACCACAACCACCUUUUUUUGCCGGGGGGGGGCCUCCACCGCCCCCACCACCUCCCCCUCCUGGUCUACCUGGAGCUGGCCCACCUCCUCCACCCCCUCCACCAGGCUGCGGCCCCCCGCCUCCUCCACCCAUGGGGGGGUUCAGUCUCAGUCAUAUGUUGGACAAGGCCCCACGGAAGCCUGCUAUUGAACCAACCUGUCCCAUGAAGCCUUUGUACUGGACCAGGAUACAAAUAUAUGACGAUAACAACAACACAUUGUGGGGCUGUCUGGAGGAGCCGGACGUCAUUGAUACUAAAGAGUUUGAAGAACUUUUCUCCAAAGCCACGCUCCAGCCAAUGAAAAAACCUUUGUCAGACACAUAUGAGAAGAAAGUCAAAACAAAAAAGAUAAUCAAACUGCUGGAUGGGAAGCGUUCGCAAGCUGUCGGCAUCCUCAUAUCAAGCCUGCAUCUGGAAAUGAAGGAUAUUCAGCAAGCCGUUCUUACUGUGGAUAACUCUGUGGUGGAUUUGGAAACCAUUGAGGCUCUAUAUGAAAAUAGGGCUACUGCUGAUGAGCUGGACAAGAUAAAGAUACAUUACGAGACUUCCAAAGAGGAUGAGGUCAAACUGCUGGACAAACCUGAACAGUUUCUUUAUGAGCUCUCUCAGAUUCCCGACUUUGCAGGCCGAGCCCACUGCAUCAUCUUCCAGUCAGUGUUCCUCGACUCCAUCUCUUCCAUCCGUCGCAAAGUGGAGAUUAUAUUAAACGUCUGCAAAGAGCUGCUGGAGUGCGACCGUUUGCGGGAUGUAAUGGGGCUUGUUCUGGCCUUGGGGAAUUAUAUGAAUGGAGGGAACAGGACUAGAGGUCAGGCUGAUGGCUUUUCACUGGAGAUCCUCCCCAAACUAAAGGACGUCAAGAGUAGGGACAAUCAUAUCAGUCUGGUGGAUUAUGUGGCUUUGAGCUACCUGCGAAAUUUUGAUAGUGAUGCAGGUACAGAUAAGAGUGUGUUCCCUUUGCCGGAAUCCCAAGAAUUAUUCCAAGCCGCACAGGUCAAGUUUGAAGAUCUAACGAAGGACAUCAGAACACUAAAGAGAGAUUUGACAGCUUGCCAGAGAAACGUCCAGAGAGUGUGUGUUGACUCUUCCGAGGAACACCUUCAGCCGUUCAAAGACAAGAUGGAGGGAUUUGUCGCAACUGCUCAAAUUGAGCAUUGUGCUGAAGAGGACCGCGUCAACGCUGCACAUAAAAGGUUCCAAGAAAUGGUGAACUACUUUGGAAUGAGGCCAAAGCCAGGUGAUAAAGAAGUGGCCCCAAAUUACGUCUUUAUGCUCUGGUAUGAGUUCUGCAACGACUUCAAGAACGCUUGGAUACGACAAAGCAAGAACAUCUCAAAGGAGAGGUUGAAGGAAGCUCAAGAGAACAUCAAGAAAAUCACAGAUGAGAAGCGAGUGGAAACUAAGAAGAUUAACGCCAACAGUCUGAAAGAGAGGCUGCGGCAGAAGGAAGCCGGCAUGGCGUCCAGCUGAGUGAAUUGGUGACGGGGCAUUCUUCUGCACCCCUAAUGGGUCUGGACCAACCCCACCCCCCUACAUAUUUUGUGGUUCCGCUUGUGCCGCCGUACAAAAAGAAAGCUGCAAGGGUGCACGGCUGCCACAAGCCAAAGUGAUGAGGAUCCCAAAGGCCAAAGGUGGACCUCAUUCAUCCAGCAUAGCGUGACCUCUUGUGUCCAGCUUGUGAAAGGUCUCACUGGGUCAGCUCGCGGUUCUCCAACUGUGUCAGCUGACACGUCCAUGAAGUUCUUCCCUCUCCUCAUCUGUGCUGACAAUCUGCUCCAAUUGAAGCUGAUCCCAGAACACAACUUCAUGUCCUUUUAAUGUAGCCAGCUUCUUUUCAACUCUUCAUUUCUAAACUCUUGUAAAUGUGAUGUACAGGAGAACUUGGGCUUGAAGCAAAAUAAGAAACAUGAUAGCCGCUGUCCUUCACAUUGUUCACACAUGCACAUGUGUGAUUUGUUGCUACAUUGUGCACUAUACCAGACACUGUUCUUCUGGAUUCGGAGAAGAACGAAAAACAGUUUAGUACAUUAUUUCUCUGUUUUAUUUCCAUUUUAAUGAUGUCCAAUGCAUUUGUGAGAUGAGUGUCCAUGUAAAAUGUGCAGAAUCUUAACUGCCACCUAGCAGGUGCCCAGCAAUCAGUGUCAUGGCUGUGCGAAAAGCAAUGUUUGUCAUCAUAUGUCCACAGAACUCCAUCCUCCAAAAUGACAACGCUUGCACCCACAGAGUGCUGUUUAGCAGAAACUAACUCCAGGAUUUGUGCCACAUUGGCUAAUCCUGGUUGAAGGGUGGAGUGCCAUCCCACAGCAGUGUGUGACCAGCAUGAGCAAUAGAUGCCAGGCUAUUGUGGCUGUCUUCCACACGCUACGAAAAAAAACCUACAUGGUCCCACUGUCAUUUUUAUUGACAUCACUACAACAGCACAACAAGAUGUUUGGUGCUGCUGUAAGUUGUAAGUUGUGCUGCUCAUACCACAAAACCAUCUUUUUUUUGUUGUUAAAACAUUGUUAAAACAGAGAAAUAAUCACAAAUGUACCAAUGGUGUGAUGGCACACCUUUCAAGCCCUUUUGUGCUUGCAAUAGCUGUGUUGUGUAGCUCACUCAAAGUCCUUUAUGGAGUAUUAUCUCAGCAAUAUUUCCCCAUUUUUGCACUUCCUUUGCCAUGCAGGGUUGUACGCUUUAUGAAUAACAUAGACCCUUAGAAUAGAAAGCAACGCAAUCUUUUUGUUGUGCUCCUCAUUGAAGAGGAAAAGUCUAUUUAUGUAUGGAAGGAUGUAUUUUCCGUACAGCGUUAGAUCCCUCUGAAGAUUUCCUUGGGUGAGAAGCUGCACAAAGAUGUAUAUUUUAGUUCGCAUGUGGCCUUCAUUCUGUAGUACAGGGUUGUAAAUAUUUCAGCAUAACACCCAAAGCCAUGAUAGUCAUAAUACCUCAGACAGAUGUCAACGAUCAGAGUACAUCCAGGAUAAAGAUGCAUGUCCAAUUCGCUUUUAUUAACCCUCCAAAGUCUGUGCCCUUUAUUUUUUAUGGAAAUCCAAACACUGCGACACUGGAAUAAUACAAUAAGUGAGUCUACUGUAUAGCAGCACUGUAAUUAUACGGAAUUGUUUUAAAUUUCAAGAAUAAACUCAAACAUGGUACUGUAUUUAUCUGUGAUUUCAUGUGUAAGAAUGAAGUCAUCGAACUAAUCUGCCUUCAUUUUUUAAAGACAUUUCCAGGAAGGCUCCUAAAAUAAGUGAUUAGCGUUAUAAACAUGUGGAACUUGUUAGGCUAUUGGAAGUUCCUUUUUAGAACAACUCAGAUUUUAGGAAUGUGAAGCGAUACAGGUGGAAAAUGUUACUUGAUUUGCUGUGCCACUAUAGACACACUCACUACUACUUAGUUGUACUACUUUGCAUGAAGAAGGAAGCCAUUACAUCACCCCUUCCUUUUUUGGAAACCAUCUAGUACUUGUUUAUAUGUAUAUUUGCCUGCAGAAAAUAUACACAGAUGCUCUGUGUAUCAAUAUUUUUAUUCUAAUUCCAGUUGUGAGAUUUCACUCAUUUGGCUAUAGUUUACAUGCGAUUAUAUUUGGAAAGACGCUUAUUGAAUCACAGUUGCUUGUGAUAGAUAGAUCGUACAUGUGUACUUUUGAACUAAAUACCAAGCAAUCAUAAAACCGGUUUCAUAAAACAUAAGGAUCCAUUCAGGAAAUGCAUGUGUGAAUUACUUCAUAUUUUGUUUACAAUGACCUUCCAAUUUGGGGUUACAUUAAAAAUAUGGUUUACUAUACGAUUAACCUCGUGCGACCCAGCAAUACUUUGUCCUCUGUAAGGGAUAAGCUUUUCACAGCCUUAUUUCGAAAACUCGACAAGAAUUAAAACCUGUUGUGCCCAGAAGAGGGCAUCCCGCAGGGCUUUUCCAAGCGAUGUCUGAUUUGCCUGAUUAAUUAGAAGAUCUGUCUGGCAGGAUGUUUUAUGAGCGCAAGUUAUUAAAUGUAUCCAGUUAUUGUACGCAUUGUUUUAAGCAAUAAUUUCAGGUGGUUUUGGUCACACGGUAAUUUUUAAGAUACUGAAAACAACACAUUUUCCCAAUGUCCUCCGUGGUGGACACGUGGACUUACCAGCUACGUUGUCACGUAACUACAAAUAAGCAAGAAGGAAAACUAGCUUCUUGCAGUAUCAUUCAUAACAUGUCAGGUUUUUUCUUGUCCUGUGUUAAUAUAACUGUUAAAAUGGAAUGGAAUAUAAAAAUAUUGGUGAGUAGAGCUCUAAAUGGUCAAUAACUGAUGCUGGUUUUAUUUAUUUUUACUCUUUUGAUGAGAGGAACGUUCCUCUCAUCAAAGGAGUAGAAAGGACGACUGAUUAAAUCAUUGUGCAGUAGUCCACCGCAAAAGACAUUGUAAUACAAAAAUGCACAUUUCUAUUUGCUUACAUAUAUAUUAUUUAAUGCAUUUUUCCGAGGUCGCAGGUGAAUAAAGUAACGUUCUCCACAUUCCAGCAUCCAUUUAUUUUAUAUUUUCGGGGAUAACUUAAUAAAGAGUACAUUCAAGAUCA